AUGGAAGAAAGUCUAUUCGAGACCAAGAUAGGUUCCAAGCUGCACUAUUAUAAGCGCGGCAGUGGACCUAUUAUGAUCGUUGCACCGCCAGCCUGGGGACUUUCUUCACUAUACCUCCAAGAGGGUCUUGUACCAUUGGAACAAUCAUUUACCCUGAUUUAUCUCGAGUUCAGAGCAAACGGGAAAUCUACUAGGCCAAAUGCAUCUGAGAUGACCUGUUGGCAUCUCGCAGAUGACAUAGAGUACCUCCGCCAGGAAUUGCAGCUGGAAACGAUUCCGGUUUUAUUGGGCCACUCAGGUGGCGGCACAAUUGCUCUUUGGUACGCUAUAAGAUAUCCCGACAAAGUGGACCGUCUUGUUCUCUUGAACCAUCGUCUAGACGGCUUUGACGACGGUGAAUCGUUAAAAAAAUCGAUUAUUGAGAAGAAAAAGGAUCCCAAGAUGCAUGCUCCGCUCAAAGCAUGGACUUCUUCGUGGCACGAUCUCUCCGAUGAGAAAUUUGCCUCGGUAAUCCGCUUAUUUCUACCCGUGUAUUUUUGGAAUCCCGAUGCUUCUGUUCAGUCUAAAGAAUUGAAUGGCCUUCAGACUGUUCCCCUGUGGAACUACCAACUUCUACGAGGGAAUGACCAAAAAGAUCAACACCAAGAGCAGGAACUCGGCAAAGUCUCAGCAAAAACGUUCAUGAUCUUUUGCCAAGCGGACCCAGUGUGUACACCGACGCAGGGUAUUGCGACGCAAGAAGGAAUUGCUGGAUCCAAGCUUGUGAUAUAUGAGCAGUGUGGCCAUUUCCCAUGGAUCGAAAAAGGGGAAGAGACAUUCAGAGACAUUACAGAGUUUUGUAAUUUAUAG